UGAGGAGGGGAGAACAUUCCUUUCAAACUCACUGCUGUGUUUUUCUGAUUACACUAGCAGGCCUUUUUGCCCAGCAGCAAUCCAGGCACAGCCAGCUGGUUUGGUGCAAUCUGGAAGGCUGUUGUAGUAACAGACAGAACAAAAAGUAUAAGGAAGAGCCUGGCGGCUGUAUAAAACUCCCUCUCAGCUCCAGUCUCCGCAGACGUGCACGGACCUCAGCAAUCAGCAUGACCAGCCAGUCUCAGGGAAUCCAGCAGCUUCUGCAGGCAGAAAAACGCGCCAAGGACAAACUGGAAGAAGCCAAAAAAAGAAAGGGAAAGAGGCUGAGGCAGGCCAAAGAAGAAGCCAUGGCAGAGAUAGACCACUACCGGUUACAGAGGGAGAAGGAGUUUAGAAACAAGCAAACCAAUGUAAUGGGCUCCCAAGGUAACUUUUCAGCUAAAAUAGAAGAGCAAACUACAGAAACUGUGCGAAACCUGACUAGCAGCUACCACAAGAAUAUGGAAAGCAUGAUGAAAAAGCUUUUGAACACAAUAUGUGACAUCAACCCUGAAGUUCAUCCAAACUUCAGACAUGCAGUUUAAGAUCCAUUGAUGUGCUGGGAAAAGGUAUUUGUUAAAGUAGCCUUCUGUCUUGAUAAGCAUAAAUAUUUCCUCAUUUAUUUUUUUCUGUUUGUGUGAGAAAACAAAAAGAACACUAAAUUAAAAAAGCACAUGGUUCCACACAGGCUUUUGAUGUAACAAGGAUUAUACAGGAUUUCAUAAGUAUUUGCUGGAAUGUUGUUUCCUGUUGGUAGCUAAGCCCCUAUCAUUUAGACAGGGGCAAGUCAACAACAGUAGAAUAAACAAUUAUUUGACACUAGCAACUUUUCAGUGGGAGUCUUUUUUCCUUUUCUCCUCUAAAACUUUCUAUACUAGGAUGUGGUGCUGCUUAAAGUCUGUUUACUCCAACACAUGAAAUAGCGUAUCAGAAAAACUCUAAAUAAAUAAUUUCUGGUUUGCUUGUGACAUGCAGAAUGGUCAGGUUAUGGAACACACAGGAACUCUGUACCUUUUGGUCAAAAAGAAUAGGUCAAAACAUUUUCAAUUUUUACACUAAUUUAAAGAAACAUAUAGCCGACUUGUACAGAAUUAUGUUCAAAAGGUGUACUCAAAGUAUUGUCCUGUUUAACUAUGCCACAAACUUUAUAUAGCUUUGUUAAGCCUGAAAAACGAGAACGGGAGUAAUCAUUCAUUAAAUUGCUUUGGUUCAAGGUGCAGACUAGCACAUCCGUCGUGGUGUAUACAGUUACAUUGAAAGUGCAGGAAUUCAUGGGCUCAAACUAUAUACCAGCUAUGCUAAAUGGUACCGUAAUCCACAGGUUGUUCAUAAAAAUCAUGUCAGAGAUCAGUUCUGUUACCUUAAAUGACCUUGAGUAAAACUUCCCUCUGCAAUGGCACAGAUUUCCCUUGGAAUAAAUUCUGCUGCAGUUAGGAAAAUACAAUACGAUCUGGUGCUUUCAAGGACAGGGCCAUAGCAUCUUAUGAGAGCGAGGCAAUCAUGAAGUAGAAGUCUGGCACACUCCUGGCUCGUGAACCCCCUUAAUGCCUUGUCACCACUACAAAUUUACACUGAAUUAGAAAAGAAGAUUGAGAAAUUGCAGUGAGUAGCAAACAAUAGCCAGGAUUUUCGGUCCACAUAGACACAGACAAAUCAUUUCAAUUUCACAGCAGCUAGUCAUAGGCAAUCUCCUGUUCCAGUGAGGUUUACACAGCUGACACGCUGUCAUGUGUAAAAUGACCGUAAAGCUGUAGUCAACUUAAUGUCAGCAAACAUGACUCCUCAAGGCUGUGCCUGGAUGCUACAUAAUCUCCAAGCCAUGAUUGUUCCAGUCUCCUGUGCUUGAUUAUAUUCUCUGGGGAUGCAAGGAUGCCAGGGAACGGGAAAGAGACUAGAAAUCCUAUUGACAUUAGCUGAAAGGCUCAUUUAUUUAGGAGUGCUUUGAAUCAAGUUCUGAUAGGCUUUGAUUUACUGAGGGGAUGAAGGAACUCUGGUCCCAGCCUAUGCACACGAGCCAAGGCAACCACCCUCCUGCAGGGCAUGGGGCAGUCAAGAUUGCCUCACAGCCCAGGCAAACAUGCCUCCAGUUUGAUUCCUGGCUGCAGUCCCAGAGCAGUGCUCAACUGUGAAGUGUAUAUAUACUAUGAACUUAAACAGUCACCAAGGGAGGCACUAACUAACCUGCCACAAGAACUCACUGCACUCUUCGGGACUGCUCCGUUUUCCCUUCUGGGCUACCUCAGCACCCUUUCCAGUGGUUAUCACUUCAAAACAUACAGAAACAUUGCAGGUUCAGCUGCAGAACUAAAGCAAUGGGGUUUCCAUUGCCAGCUGUAUGGAAAAUACACACCCCUGUGCAGUGAGAGUAGAAUUGCCACAACACAGUGGGCAGCAGCUUCUUGGGAGGCCAGCCACACAGAUUAAGUGAAAUAAAGCUUUGCCUUCCUACAUUGCCCUGCUUCUCGUCAAGGCAUUCCCCCUUUCCCUCACUCUCACCAACAUCUAUCUUCCGUCACCAACUGCUUUUCUUGCAAAGCUUCUGCCCUCCUUUCAAGGCUACUCUCUGCCCGUCUGGUCCUAACAGCCACAAACACAUCUCUUAUUUAAAUAUCUUCCAAAACACAUUAGCCCACAAACACACCCUCCUUGACAAAAAAGCGAGCACAUGGUGAUGCGAGAGUCACAGGCAGCAUGGGCCAGCGCUGUCUAGAGGGGAUGGUGCGGCUGUGUCAUCUCUCACCCAACAGCACUGCACUGCAGCCGUGGCAAUCACCUGCCUGUGCCCUUGCUUUCAGCUGCAUACCUCAGAUACAGAUAGGGUCUUAAGCACUCAAACUUUCUGAAAGUGAUUGUUUUCUUGAACUAUGGCCACAAUGAGGAGCUACUGCUCAUGAAAAAGGAAUGGAUUUGUUAUUAGCUCUUUGAUCUUGAGAGAUAUAAACCUGAGAGAAUUGAGCACUCUAUGCAUUCCAUAAACUGGUUUUGGUUGGAAGGGACCUUAAUGAUUAUCCAGUUCAAACCAACCUGACAUGGGCAGGGACACCUCCCACUAGACCAGGCUUCUCAAAACCCCAUCCAACCUGGCCAUGAACAUUUCCAGGGACCAGGCAUUCAUAACUUCCCUGCGCAACCUGAUCCAGUGCCUCACCACCCUCAUUGUGAAGAAUUUCUUCCUAAUGUCUAAUCUAAAUCUUUCCCCUUCCAAUUUAAAAGCUUUCCCUCUCAUACUAUCACUACACACCCUUGCAAAAUGUCCCUCCCCAGCUUUCUUGAACACCCCCUUGAGGCACUGGAAGACCACUAUAAGGUCUCCCUGGAGCCUCCUCUUCUCCAAACUAAAUAACUCUAACUCUAUCAGCCUAUUCUCACAUGGAAGGUGCUCCAGCCCUCUGAUCAUAUUUGCAGCUCUCCUCUGGACCCAUUCCAAUAGUUCCAUAUCCUUCUUAUGCUGGAAGUUCCAGAACCGGACACAAUACUCCAGUUGGGUCUCACGAAAGAAUAGAGGGGGAGAAUCACCUCCCUCACCCUGCUGGCCGUGCUUCUUUUGAUGCAGCCCAGGAUAAGGUUUUCCUUCUGAGCUGUGAGCCCACAUUGCUGGCUCACAUCGAGCUUCUCAUCAACCAAUACUGCCAAGUCCUUCUCUGCAGAGCUGCUGCCAAUCACAUCAUCCCCCAUCGUGUACUGAAGCCACAGAUUGCCCUGACUUAGCUGUAGGACUUUGCACUUGGCCUUGUUGAACCUCUUGAAGUUCACACAGGCCCACCUCUCCAGCUCGUCCAGGUCCUUCUGGGUGACAUCCCAUCCAUCUAGCAUGACAACUGCACCACCCAGCUUGGUGUCAACUGCAAACUUGCUGAGGGUGCACUCGAUCUCACUAUCUAUGUCAUCAUUGAAAAUAUUAAACAGCACUGGUCCCAGGACGGCUGAGGGACAUCACUUGUCAUGGAUUUCCAUCUGGACAUUGAGCUAUUGACCACCACUCUCUGAAUACAAUCAUCCAACCUAUUCCUUAUCCACCUAACACUCUACCCAUCAAAUUCAUAUCUAUCCAAUUUAAAGAGAAGGAUGUUGAGGGGGGGGACCAUGUCAAAGACUUUACAGAAGUCCAGACAGAUUACAUCCAUUGUUUUCUCCAUGUCCACUGACACUGAGGUAAUCACCCCAUCAUACAAAGCUACUAAGAUGGUCAGGCAGGGCUUGCCCUUAGUGAAGCCAUGCUGGCUGUCUCGAACCAUCUCCCCAUCCACCAUGUGCUUUAGCACAGCUUCUAGGAGGAUCUGUUCCAUGACCUUCCCAGGCACAGAGGUGAGGCUGACAGGUCAGUAGUUCCCAGGGUCAUCUUUUCUAUCCUUUUUAAAAGUGGACACAAUGUUGCCCUUCUUCCAGUCACCAGGGACUUCUUCUGACUGCCCUAACUUUUCAAAUGUCAUGGAAAGUGUAUUGGAAACCACAUCUGCCAAUUCUCUCAGGACUCUGGGAUGCAUCUCAUCAGGUCCCAUGGACUUAUAUAUGUUCAGGAUCCUCAGGUGGUCACAAACCUGAUCCUCCUUUACAAUGAGAGGGGCUUUACCCCCCUGAUUCCCAUCUUGUUUUCCAUUGACCCAGGAGUGGUGAGGAGAGCAGUUGCCAGUGAAGACUGAGGCAAAAAAAGUAGUUGAGUACCUCGGCCUUCUCCUUGUCUGUUGAUAUGAGGUCACCAUUUUUGUUCAUCAGGACAGGAACACUUUCUUUAAACUUCUUUUUCUGGCUGACAUACCAGAUUUAUAUGGCAUAUGCGACCUUGCAUAUUGCUGUUGCAUAUAUGACCAUUUGCUCUCUUCUACGUUCAUUCCUACUUCUGGACAAGGAUGGGAAGGUUAUACCACCACUUUUAGCUGUACAGAGGUAAAAGCCAAAUUAUACUUCGUGUAAUUUGGCAAGAUAUUGAGGCUUUUUUAAAUGAAGAAUAUAAAGUACCAGCUGCAUCAAUGCAAUAUUGAGGUGCCAAGAAAAUGCCUGCUGAAUUUGCAAGCACAUGAAACAUCUUACAUGUGACAUUCAUGUAUUUGGAAUGAUGGCAAAUAAUCAUUUCAUGUAAAAGAUAAAAGAAAAAUAAAUAAAAGACAAAAGAAAUAAUAGAAGCAAUGAGGUUUAAUUUCAGAAUGUUCUCAAAUGCAUAAAAAGUGAAAAUGCUUACUCUGUAUUAGCAGUUACCUAGCAUGGAUGAUUACAACUGUCUCGUUAGAUCACCCUUGGGCAAAAAAGGCCCUCAGGGCUUAACCAGUCAGUUCAAUGAUGUCUUUAAAGGCCCUGACCACACACUCCUUUUCCCCUUCACCAUGACCUUCUUCUCACUAUGGUUCAUGUUCCCGGCUCAUCCUCAGCCCAUCCCAGUCCCCAGGGAGUGCCCAGUGCUGACCCUUGCCCAUCCCACUCCCUGGCCAGGAUGAGAUGGCCCUGGCUGCCAGGUUCUGCCCUGCCAGCCCCUAAGGAGCACCCCAACCCCAGAGAGUGCCCAGCCCCCACAGUGCCCUGACUUACCUAAUAUGAACCAAUGCAAAUGCCAAGUGAAAUGGCAACAUCUCAUCUAUCACAACAUAAGCAAAUCUAAGAAAUAGAAAGCCACAUAUAGACAGCACACAUGCCUUUGUAAUCUUUUUUUCACAAAUACCUCUGAAAUAUGGGUCUUAGCAAACACUUGAAGAUCUCCUGUGAAGGUUUACACCUCUCCAGCUAUGCUCUUCCCUUACCUGGUCUGGACAUCAUUUCAGACAGAGGAACUUUCUUCACAUCAUUGGAAGCCAAACACUGUAAGAACUAACUAUUAUCCUUCCCCUCUUCCCGCAACCCCCAGUGACAACUGUACAUAGCAACAGUGAUUAGCUCUUUCACUAUUUCAAUUAGUACCUUCUAAUUAUCAAUAAAUCAAUAAUCAAUAAAAUUAACGGAGAUUACUCAAGGUCUGCAUCUGAUCCCAUCAACAGCGACUGCACAACACCCAGAGUGUGAGCUAUUAGAAGUGAAACAACAAACUUGGGUAGUUUCCUCACUUGGAGAAAUUCUACUCUGAUUUAACAGAGCUUUUGCUGUCUGAAAAAGAAGAGCUGUAUUACAACAAAAUUCUAAGUCUACUGAUUAAAGUGCCUGAGGUGGAAAGUACAAGAACUGUUUAAUACAACUCAUGAGAAGGUUUGGGCUAAAUUUCUCUGGCUGUCUUACCUCAGUGUUCUCCUUCGAGUUACAAUAUAUGUGAGAAUGUAGUGAUGUGAUUCCCAUUCAUGGGUGAUGAGGGAAGAUAUCUGAACUCAUGCAUGUAAGGAGUCUAAAUGAAGUAAAAUGAAGCAGGCACAAAGAAUACUAUACAUACUAUACUCUAUGUACAGGCUUUCUACUGACAUUUCCACUAAUUUCUAAAGAGUUCGGAGGCCAAAAUUUGGAAAGUCAGAACCAGAUGUUAAUCUGUUACAUGGAUCAUGAUACUAACUGAAAUCAGAUUUCAUUCCUCAUAUAUAGUUGCAUCAAUUAUUUUUCCAUAUUAAAAUAUACUUCGAAGUUCAUAUAAUCUGUAAAACAGAAGUUAUUCUUGUAAAUGAUCAUAUGUAGGAUGUGAAGGUCUUUACAGAGCAAAGUAUUUUGGUCCCUGGCUUAAAAGAUUUUGUAGUUCAAGGCCUGUGAGCAACGUCUUUCUAUAGGAUGGGAUGAGAGGAUCUGCUAUUGCAGAACUCAAGAACCACAGCAAGACAAGCAACAGGCUGCCAUUAUAUACAAUCACGGAAGAUGUGGACCUGCAGAUAUGUGUUUUUACAAGCAGCCUCACCCAGAAGCAUCCCUAAUUGCAGACAAGGCAGGUAAGGCAUCUAGAUGUAAGGAUUUAUUGAGUAACCCUAUAGCAAGGGGCUGUGUUGAACUUUGGGUACGUGUCUAAGCAGGAUGACACUUAAGACUGAGUCUGGGGAUGAAAUAUAAACAAGGUUUUAGGCUACUAAGCAACACUUUCCAGUAUUUGCAGUGACAUUUUCUAUUAGCGUUAUUGACAGGCAGAGCAGUCAUAAUUGAAGAUAAAGUUAUUGUAAAAUAGUAGCAGUUCUGAGAAAGAAUGGCCUUUGCCCCUGCAGUCCACCUAAUGAGAAGAACUUUGACUGGAAUUUCUCUUAACUAAAAUUGUACGAGAGUGUGCUGUGUCUUUUGACUGUGGAUUUGGGGGUUUUUUCUCAAAUAAUAGCAUGUAGAUUAAUCAAAUGUUACCUAGAAACAAUUCAUCAGUCCCAGACACUUGUCAGGUUUGUAAUCUAUGAUACUGUCACCAAAAGACUAACCCACAAGAAUCAGAUCUAUGUGGAAUUUCAUCAUCGCCUCCUCCAUACCCAUGGGUCAAAGAACAUACCCUGACUGAAUGAGGAGCCAAGAGUUACUGAAAAUAAACAUAAGUGGAGGAAAAGACAAUGGACAAAGAUUUUGGGGUGACAGUGGCAAUUCCAGUUUUUUUCCAUUCCAGGAAGCCACCACGGUCAUGUGUUGGUUAAGUAGGAAACUUGAAUGUUAUGUAAAGUUAUGUUCUGCUUCAUGUAUACAACGCAUAUAAUUCAAAAUAAUUUUCUCCAGUUCAUCAUAAAAAUAAUGCCUGUUACACAAGUGUCAUAUAUUCCUGCCAAAUUCACAGUGGCCUGUCCUUCACAGAUUUGAUUAUUCCACAUUUUAUGGUAGUAUGAGGCACUUCAAACCCUGAGUCUUCCCUGAGGAAUGUUAACACUUCUUAGAAGUACAUGACCCAACCAGUAUUACUACAAAACACUUGGAAAAUGUUACAUUGGAGUACUAUUAAUACACUCUAUUGCACUUACAGGACAUGACUGCAUGCGGAAAAUCUGAUGACUUGCAAGCUUAUUAACUUUCAGAGAUUCCUCAUGGCUUUUAUGAAAGAUAUGCCACAACUGAAUUACCUGACCCAAGGCGUUUUCUGAAAGUCCCUCUUGCUCCAGAUACCUGAUUUAUUUACAGGUACAACAGGCUCCAAUACGCUACCAAAUUUCCAUAACACUUUUGGAAAUACAGAAAUGUUAAGAAGAGCUGUGCUCCAAUAACUGCUUGUUUGGUUAAAAUUACCUCAACACUUGUUAUUAAAUAGACUUUGCUUUAAGAAACACAGUAUUUAUAGUUCAGUUCACUUGUAACAAAAAAAUAGCAUAAAUAACAAUAUCAAAGAGAUUAGCGAUGCAAAUAUAAACUGAUUUAUAUAACCUCUUCUAUAUAUUUCAUCUAAAUAUUUGGUUUGCAGUCCUGUAGCACUGAUUUAUUACGGAAAAUGGAUACAUAAAAGCAGAUAAAUUGAUGUGUGAAAGCAGACAAGGGGGGCUCAUUUUGGGUUAUAGGGUUUGAUUCCUCAAAACAAUUCAACACAAAUGUAAUUUAACCAUGUCUGCAUUGCUUUUGAAAAUAAAUCUAGAAUUUUGUGGCAGUCCCCUUUCCAUUCAGACUUACUUGUGGGCAACAGUGCAAAUACAUGAACAGUCCCAUUACUGGUUGUGGGAUAUUUCAUACCAGUGGUUAAAAUUAGGUAAGGUGAAGUGUGGUGGCAGCUCAGAGAGCAGAAGUGAGACCAAGGGACUCGGGUAUAGCCUGCCAGGGCACCGCAGGUUCUGGAAAUUGCUCCUGCCAUGAAUUUUGAACUACAUCUCUUCUCUGCACCUGGCAGCUGACCUCCACCUCACACCAGCACCACUCUUCUACCAUCGCAGAAAUAUACACCAUGACUUUCUAAUAAUCGCAGGAGCUACUUUGUAACCUUCUUUAUAACCCUGGCUCCCCAUGCAUCAGGAGGAUGUAUUUUACCUCUUACUUAUGGUUUCCCAGCUGUUAGCAGUCAUGAAGAACAUUUAAUAAAUGAAAUAAUUGUGUCUUAUAUCAGAUUAACACUCCUUAACAAC